AAGUGAAGUUGGCUUAGGAAGAGCAGCAGCUCAAGGUCCAGCCCCUAGACUAGAGAACAGCUCCAGGCUCUCCAUCCUCCGGCUUCACAGGGGACAGUGGUGCCAGCUGGCUCUGACAGGCCCCUGGAAGCAUGGCAGUAAAGCUCGGGGCCCUCCUGCUGGUGUUUGGGCUCAGCCUGGUCUGGCCAGCUUCUGCCCACCGGAAGCUCCUGGUGUUUCUCCUGGACGGCUUUCGCUCAGACUACAUCAGUGAGGAGGUCCUGGCAUCCUUGCCUGGUUUCAGAGAGAUUGUGAGCAGGGGAGUCAAAGUGGAUUACUUGACUCCGGACUUCCCCAGCCUCUCCUAUCCCAAUUACUACACUCUAAUGACAGGCCGCCAUUGUGAGGUCCACCAGAUGAUCGGGAACUACAUGUGGGAUCCCAGUACUAACAAGUCUUUCGACAUCGGGGUCAACCGAGACAGCCUGAUGCCCCUCUGGUGGAAUGGGUCAGAACCCUUGUGGAUCACGCUGAUGAAGGCCAGGAGGAAGGUCUACAUGUAUUACUGGCCAGGCUGUGAAGUUGAGAUUCUUGGUGUCAGACCAACUUACUGCCUAGAAUAUAAAAACGUCCCAACGGAUAUCAAUUUUGCCAAUGCAGUCAGUGACGCUCUUGACUCGUUAAAGAGUGGCCGAGCUGAUCUGGCGGCCAUAUACCACGAGCGCAUUGAUGUGGAAGGCCACCACUAUGGACCCUCGUCACCUCAGCGAAAAGAUGCCCUCAAAGCUGUGGACACGGUGCUGAAGUAUAUGAUCCAGUGGAUCCAGGAACGAGGCCUGCAGAAUGACCUAAAUGUCAUCAUUUUCUCAGACCAUGGGAUGACAGACAUCUUCUGGAUGGAUAAAGUGAUUGAGCUGAGCAAGUACGUCAGCCUUGAUGACCUACAGCAAGUGAAGGACCGAGGGCCCGUUGUGAGCCUGUGGCCAGCCCCUGGCAAACACUCCGAGAUAUACCACAAACUCAGUACAGUAGAACACAUGACCGUGUAUGAGAAAGAAGCAAUACCCAGCAGGUUCUAUUAUAAGAAAGGGAAAUUCGUCUCUCCUUUGACUUUGGUGGCUGAUGAAGGGUGGUUCAUAACAGAGAAUCGAGAGACGCUUCCGUUCUGGGUGAACAGCAGUGGCAAGCGGGAAGGCUGGCAACGUGGAUGGCAUGGGUAUGACAACGAGCUCAUGGACAUGAGAGGCAUCUUCCUGGCCUUCGGACCCGAUUUCAAGUCCAACUUCAGAGCUGCUCCGAUCCGAUCUGUGGACGUCUACAACAUUAUGUGCAAUGUAGCAGGCAUCACCCCACUGCCCAACAACGGGUCCUGGUCCAGGGUGAUGUGCAUGCUGAAGGGUCAGACCAGCUCAGCUCCAUCUGUUUCACUGAACCACUGUGCCCUGGUCUUGAUUCUCCUCUUAUGCUUUGCAUAGCUGGUCGGAUUGCUCAUUCCAAAGCACUGCUGCAGUGAGGCCUGCCACCAGCACAGGACAGUUUUCAUUUUCUUUAUCAAUAAUAGCUUAUUAACACAAUCAAGGCCAUUAAAAUUAUAAAUACAUUAUUCUUGGAUGAUUAUGUACACAUAAAAAAUUCUUAAACAAUUUUACCUAUGUUUGACAUUUUUACCUUUUCAUUCUUAUCACAAUUCAGUUUCCUCCUUUCUUUGCACAUCCUAGGGACGAUAACAAUGUCUGUCCCAGCAAGAGCCAAACUUUAAAUGGAUAUCCUGUAGUCAUCCUGGGUCCCUCAUCGUGCCUUACCCUGUCAAUCAGGCCCUCUGGGUUCAGUCCACAUCCAUGGGCUCAUAUUUGGGGAUCUGCAGCCAAAAUUCUGCACUGUCUUUUCUAUUCCAAAAAGAGGAGGUCUAGCUACAGGGAAACAAUACAUGCUGUCUGUUUCUGCCAUGGUGCAUGGUGUUUUUAUAACACCAUCUCAGAAAGCACAUAGGCCAGUAGAGAUCAUUGAUCAACCAACUGGGGGUAUCAAAACACUAGACAACUCAUAGAACCGGUGGAAGCCAUGAUUUCCUCUCUCAAAAUCUGUGAACACAAUAGCUUCUCAGUUUCACUGAGUGCAACCUUGCAGGGUUCCAUGAGACUCCAUACACAAUCUCUGAUCUGAGUCUGACCACUUACUUCCCACAAACACUACUACCCGUUAGCUCCAGGGUUGGGGUGGAAAGCAAGUAAACACCUGAUAUGUCAGCAUGGGCUUAGGAAGGAAGAGAUGGCUCCGCAAUAAUAGUAUGAACAUUAGAAACCUAAUAUUAAUUCACUGCUAGGAAUGGUGAUAUAUCAAAUGAAAGUUCAUAUUUCAGGAGUCCAGAAGACAAGUGUAAAAAGAGUUGAUUUUAUUUUUAAACAAUUAGAGGCACACAUACAGUCUUCUACAUAUGAUAGUUAGAUUUAGCAGUUUCACUUUUUUUUCUUUCUUUCUUCCUUCCUUCCUUCCUUCCUUCCUUCCUUCCUUCCUUCCUUCCUUCCUUCCUUCCUUUUUUUGUUUGUUUUGUUUUGUUUUUCGAGUCAGGGUUUCACUGUGUAGUUUUGGAGCCUGUCCUGGGACUCACUCUAUAGACCAGGCUGACCUCCAACUGGCAGAAAUCUCUCUGCCUCUGCCUCCCAAGGGCUGGGAUUAAAGGCAUGUGCCACCACCACCCAGCUUGGAAUUCUUUCCUUUUUUAUGGUGAGGCAGCAAGACACCUUCCAUAGAACGCAAUCUGAAUUUUGAUCUUGAGCAUUUUCUCAGCCUAGUAUUACACAAUAUGACACUGUCUCACAAGGCUGGCCAGAAGCGGCAGCGAACCACCGCUCCCACCCGGCCACGUGAUCCUGGGUGUAAACACACCGUACCUGAGAGCGCUGUGUGUUGCCACACUACGAGGUUCUGUAGGAUGGGGUAUUAAAUUCAUUUUGAACGGGGAGCAGUUGGAAAUUUUAAUUAAAAAAGAAUAAAAAAUAAAUAAAUAAAUUCAUUUUGACUAAAUAAUAUUUCCAGUACAUGGCGGUUCUGUUGGGGUGUGACCCCCUCGUAAGUUGAGGAAGUAACAAUGUAAAGUUGAACAUCCUGUUGCUUAGGAUCCGAAAUGAACUGACAGCAGAUGACUCACUGAGUGGCACUGCUUUGGGAAGACAAAACAGCGGAGCUCAAGAGGAGGAAGCCUUUGUCUGGUGCUCGCCUUGACAAAACAGCUCCCGGGUUUGCUGAAGAUGGUGCAGAGCAAAAGAUCACCGCUGAAAACUGGCGCGUUUCGCCUCACAAAAGACUUCUAAGGAUUUGUGUAAUGUGUUUUUAAAGC